AUGAUGGUGGUUUCGGCUUACUCGAAUGCAUCUAUUUGCCAUGCGGAAGCACUGCGGCUUCUUGUAACGGCUAUCUUCCCGAGUGCAUCCAUCGUCUUCUCUAUCCCGAAAGGGUCUCAGAUGUACGCAGGAGGAGCCGUGGUGGAGGGUGCGCUCUUUGAAAAACUCCAUCAAAAACUUUUGCGGGCUGAACCAUCCUCAGACGUUGCAGAAGAAUACUGCGACCAGAAAAGACGACCGUCGGAAGAUUUGCCCGUGUCGCCGCACGGUGGAUGCCUGCAGGCACGGAACGGCCCUCUUUCCACGCCGUGCUCCCCAGAUGUUGCGGAUGUGUGGAGAACGCUUUAUCUUAAGUGGCCUCCACAACCGGUUGCAGGCCGUCCGUUAUGGCGCUACGAUUCGGAGGAGUCAUCUUUGCCUGGAAUGCCGUGCUGGACACCCCACGCCGUGGCUUACAUUGGUGGCUUUGAGGCUCCUGAUCUCCGUCAAGUUGUUGCGCCACAGCUGUUUGCCCAGGUGCCACCCUUUUCCAGCGACACGGAGGUGGACCGAACCUUUGGAGGUAGAACGUUUGACUACAGGAGGCAGAAGGUUCCGAAAUUUGCGUCCAGGGUGCUGGACAGAGAGUUUCUGUUGCGGGAAAAAGGGUGCGCAAUACACGAGCCCGACUUAUUGGAGAUGGCAUUGCCCGUGACGUUCCCGUCCAACAGUAGUCUCAAAGAAAAUUCCACUGAGACGCGGCGUGUACGCACAUUUGUUUCUUUUGCUGGAUCUGAACCGAAUCUACGCGCGCUUCAGGUGGCAGUGGAUCCAAUGCAUCGACGAGCAUUGCGUCCAGCCUUUGGUUACUCCAUUGCCACACUAAAGUUUGCUCUUCCCCCUCCUCUUGUGAACGCCACUCGGCUUCUUCGACAAUGGAAUGAGUCAUGGUCGCCAACGCCUCUCAGCACCGCAUUCUGGCUUUCCGCAGUGGGACACGCGGUAGAACGACGUUUGCCAAUGGACAAAACAGCGGCUUUUAUUCUUCAUGAAAAUGCCUGUAGCCUGGCGGAGGCGUCCAAGUCGAUUGCCUUCCUUACAGCCUCGCUUGUUAGCAGUAGUCCUCAGGAGUGCUGGAAUAAUUUUUUCUUGCCCGUGGAGCGGUUUGAGGCGGAGCGCGGCGUGCGGGAACUGAUGGACACAAUCAAUCUCUUGCCAGUUGGGCAGCUGCAAUAA